UUGUAGAACCUAAAACAUGGGAUGAAAAGAAGUACUUUUUAAUGAUUAUGGAUGACUACACCCAUUAUGCAGUAGUAUAUCUACUGAAAAACAAAUUUGAAGCCUCUGAGUACAUUAAAGGAUUUGUACUAGAAACAGAAGCUCUUCAAAACCUAAAAGUGUCAAAAUUGAGAUGUGACAAUGGAGGAGAAUACUCCAGUAAUGACUUUAAGCAUUGAUGUAAAAACAGAGGAAUUGUUCUUGACUAUAGUAUUCCCCAUACACCUCAACUGAAUGUAAAAUCUGAAAGGCUUAAUCCUACAAUUAUGGAGAGCACUACUGUAUGAAUCAGGGCUGAAAAGAAGCUUUGGGGAGAGGCCAUUAGAAGCUCAACUUAUCUUCUUAAUCAUUGCCAUUCUGACACAGUAGAUGUAACAUCUGCUGAAAAAUGGUAUAAAAGAAGGCCAGAUAUGUCAAACAUAAAAGUAUUUGGUUGUGAAGCUUACGCCAAAGUUCUAGGACACAUCAAAAAACUUGUCUAGGAGUAAAAGACUGAUCUUCAUAGGAUAUGCUCCAAAUGGAUUCCGUCUGUGGGAUCCAGACAAACAAAGUCAUUAUUGCUAGAGAUGUAGUGUUUAAUGAACACAGAAGAGAAAUAGCCAGAGAAAAAAAAAAUGUGUAUGUAAGAUUAAGGGAAGAAGUAGAAAAUAAAGAAGGACAAGAUACAGAGGAAGUGCAGGAAAUUCAAGAACUGACAGAUGAUGAAAUUGAAGAAGAAAUCCCAGAACAAAAAGAAGUUGAAGAGAGCAAAAUAAAAAGAGUAAGAAAAAUUCCUAGCAAGUAUCAAGAUUGUGUUCUGAUGACAUAUCAAGAAGCAAUUGCUGGAGUUGAAAAAGAUAAAUGGAUUACAGCAAUCAAGGAAGAAAAGGAAUCAUUAAAUAAGAACAAUACUUGGGAACUAGUUAAUGAAAAUGAAGCAAUAAAAAAAAAACAAAUGGAUAUUUAGACAAAAGAAGAUGGACGAUACAAAGCAUGGUUAGUAAUUCGAGGAUGUGAGCAAAAUAACACUCUGGAUAUCAAGGAAAUAUUUAGUCCUGUAGUGAAUGCUAGCUCUCUGAGUUAUUUUUGCAUUAGCA